UCAUGUGACUGCCAAACUUUGUGCGUCUGCUUGCUUUCCACUUUCUUCCCUCCGAGUCUCUUAUAAGCAGGGAAAGUUUGACAAGUGUGCCUCAGUUUCUCCUUAGUCGCUUACUUGGAUUUGGUGACUGAUCUUCAGAGGUGACGGAGUAAGUCCCUACAGGGCUCUCCUCUCUUUAUUUCUCUCCAGCUAGAACUCCCUCAAGAUGGGUGACUGGAGUGCAUUGGGAAGACUUCUUGACAAGGUGCAGGCCUACUCCACGGCCGGAGGAAAGAUCUGGCUCUCUGUGCUCUUCAUCUUCCGGAUCCUAGUUCUGGGAACAGCAGUGGAGUCGGCCUGGGGUGACGAGCAGUCAGCUUUCAAGUGCAAUACCCAGCAGCCCGGUUGCGAGAACGUCUGUUAUGACAAAUCAUUCCCCAUCUCGCACGUGCGCUUCUGGGUGCUUCAGAUCAUCUUCGUGUCCACGCCUACGCUCCUGUACCUGGCGCACGUGUUCUACCUGAUGCGCAAGGAGGUCAAGCUCAACCGCAAAGAGGAGGAGCUGAAGGCCGUGCAGAAUGACGGUGGCGACGUCGAGGUCCAUCUGAAGAAGAUUGAGCACAAGAAGUUCAAGCACGGCCUGGAGGAGCACGGCAAGGUGAAGAUGAAGGGCGCCCUGCUGCGCACCUACAUUGUCAGCAUCAUUUUCAAGUCCGUCUUUGAGGUGGCCUUCCUGGUCAUCCAGUGGUACAUCUAUGGCUUCACCCUGUCCGCUGUGUACACAUGCGAGCGUUCGCCCUGCCCCCAUCGGGUGGACUGUUUCCUCUCUCGGCCAACGGAGAAGACCAUCUUUAUUAUUUUCAUGCUGGUGGUUUCGCUCGUCUCGCUUUUGCUCAACAUCAUAGAGCUCUUCUACGUGCUCUUCAAACGGAUCAAGGACCGUGUGAAAGGCCAACAAAACCAGUUCCCCACCGGCACCUUGAGCCCUACACCGACCAAACUGUCCACGACCAAAUAUGCCUACUACAAUGGCUGCUCCUCGCCGACUGCACCGCUCUCACCCAUGUCGCCUCCGGGCUACAAACUAGCCACCGGCGAGCGGACCAACUCUUGUCGCAAUUACAACAAGCAGGCCAACGAGCAAAACUGGGCCAACUACAGCACAGAACAGAACCGUUUAGGCCAGAACGGCAGCACCAUCUCCAAUUCGCACGCUCAGGCCUUCGACUUCCCCGACGACACGCACGAUCCCAAGAAACUGACGCCAGGCCAUGAGCUGCAGCCACUGGCGUUGAUAGACGCCCGGCCGUGCAGCCGCGCCAGCAGCCGCAUGAGCAGUCGAGCGAGGCCCGACGACCUGGACGUCUAGCCGUGCGACUCAGUGCCGCGUCACGACGCUAAAGGACUGACACAGGCAGUGAGAACUCCUGUACUGAGGGGGCGGGGCAAGUUCCUCUCUCUAGACUCUAGUCGAUACAGAGACAUAAAAUUACUCACACUGCUGGAGGUACUAUUCAUUAAUAAUGAUGUUGAAACUAGCAGAGCUAACAUGCCCUAACAACCGAACAGCUAGUGGACUCAAAGGGGCACAAGUGGGGCCAAACCUGGCGUGUCUCUCGAUUCUGCCCACCAGAAUAUGCCUUGGUGAUGUGAUUGAUUUUGUUUGCUUGUUCGCAUUGGGUUUAUUAAAAUGCCACACAACGAUUCCACUUUAACAUGUUGCACUCCUACAGUUUGUGUAGAUUUGUGUUCUAACCCCCCCUAUGGUUACGUCACUCGUUUGCAUGACAUCAAAUCAGUCAUGAAUUAAUAUUUAUUUAUUCAUAAAGAUUAACAGGAUAUCCACCACUAGAUGAAGAUUGACUACUACUCAAGGUCAUGUCUACAUAAUUAAUACCAUCCAAGUGCAUAUUUAUUGACAAUAAUCCAAAUUUCAGCAAUACAUUCAUCAACAAAUAUGGAUUUUUAUUAAUCACAGUGGACUGUCAUUUUCCUGAUAAACUUUGAAUUUAUGUGGUGUCGGUUUUUGUUAUUUGAUGAUAUUUGUUGUUUUUUUUUGGGUGGUGGUAUGAAUUAGAAAUGUCUAUGUGUGGGACUGAGCUGCUGUACAAAUUGUUACACGGCUUGAUUUUCUUUUCUGCAUUUUGAUUUUUACUGAAAUUGUCCUAAAUAGUGUGAGAGAGAAAGGCUUUACUUUUGUUCUCUUUUCUUUAAAAAAAACAAAAAAAAAAAUGGCAUUUUAUUUUCCUUUGUUUCUUUUUGGAGGGCAGACGGAAUGAAUUAGUUUUGAAUUAGAAUGAGUAGAAUUAAUGUCUUAACUUUGAAGUGAAUGACCUUUAACUCAAUGUAAUCAUUGCUGCUUGAGAGAUAGAGUUUUAGUACUGUAAAUCAAGCUAUUUCACAAAUGUGAGUUUUUUUUAGAAGACUGCUUUUUAGAGCUGGACUAAUAUUUAGUCAGUUAUAUUAAGAGAUAUAUGCCAGCGUAGCUCCACAACUACCAAACACUAGUAGAUGAAAUUUCAUUUAUGGACAUUCUUUUUUUGAUUUUUCAAAUUGUGCAUCAUAGUAUUGGUACUCAUUUGCAGAGGCUCAUGGAUUUUUCAGCUACAAUGGUGUUUGCACUGAGAUUUUGGCUAGGGUGUUAUUUGAUGCAAAAAUGACGAGAAGUUCUCUGUUAUGCACGUAACUAAUUUAUUUUACAACACACUACGAGGCGUAAAAUCACUACACUUUAACAGUGCUCUCACAGAAUCCUUGGGUUUGGGCCAUUGAGUGGCUAAGGCAAGAUUUUGCAUCUGGUAAAUAGCGCAUAUUGGGUUUUAAAUCAGAACAACACUGAUGUAAUGCCAUUCCAUGGGAAUCCGCUGUCGUAGAGUGUGCAUGGCAGUGGAAAAACCGAGCAAUCAAACAAAAACGGACAUUAAUCAAAUCUGUGAAAAAGCAAUUUAACCAAUAAAGAUUUUUUCUGUCAUUUUGUA